AUGCUAUUUCUUUGGCUAGCUUCUAUAGCCUACCUGCUUCAUGUGGGAGGCUUUGCACUGGCCUUCGGCGAAGAUUCAACAGAGAAGGCCGCUUUCCCCGAUCCGCUGAAUGAGGAAGAGUUUAAUAGCCAAAUGAGGUCUGGUCUACACAUUGUAGAGUUCUUCAGUCCUCAUUGUAGCCAUUGUAAGGCUUUGGCACCUACAUGGAAAAAGGCUUGGGAAACGUUUUAUGAGGAAGGCCAAGGACUCAACAUCACUUUCUCUCAAGUUAAUUGUUUGUUAAGUGGGGACCUUUGCAACAAAGAGAAGAUUGCAUAUUUUCCAAACAUACGAUUGUAUGGGCCGUCAGGAUUUAUCAAGAACUUCCCUGAAAAUGCGAAGAGGACUGUGGAGAAUUUAAUUGAUUUUGCUCGUCGCGAAGCUUAUGACCCAGUCAACGCAGAGGUGCUAGAUAUCAAGAGUUUGAGCAUUCCUAUUCGAGGCGACCAGUUCAAUGAGUUACUUGCUGGAAAAGGUGAGCAACCUAUUUUGGUUUCUUUCUGGCCAUCAAAAACAAUGAGAAGUUCGGAUGAUAACAUUGACUUUGAGAAUUGCGACGAAUGUAUACCUUUCCAAAGAACGUGGAGAAUACUAUCUUCAAAACUGCUGGCGCACAACAUCUCCACAGGGCAUAUCAAUUGCGAGUCAUCUUCAAAUCUGUGUGAAGAGCUCGGUUUUUCUGACCUAGUGAAAAUAAAGAACCACUCUCUCGACAGACUUCCAAGAGUAGCUUUGAUUUUGCCCAACAGAGUUGUGAACAAUUUCUUUGUCUACAAAUCACCUUUCUCCACCUCAACGGCAGACUAUGAAGAUUUCGCAACAAGAAUUGUGUCAAAUAGCGAGCCGCCUUUUAUAUCUGCAAAAGAGGUGCGGGAAAUUACUGAGCGAGAGUUUGAGAUACCUUCCACCAAUGGUUUAAACGUAUCGCCACAAAAGUUGCAUGUUGUAUUCUCAUAUGAUCCUGAGACCGUGGUGCCUGAGGAUCUUCAUGUCCUUGGGCAUUUACUUGAACCGUUAUCGGCAAUUCCCAAUGCUUACCUAUAUAGAUCGACGGAUAAUAUGAACUCGGCUUCCCGCUCAGUUUUCGAGUCCAUGUAUCAGAUGAUUAACUACAAUGAGAGCGAACCUGUGAAGACGGUCAAAGAAUCUUUCCUGGAUUUGAAUGUUAUGGAGCAAAACCCCUCUCUGUAUGUUUUCAAGGAUGGAGAGAAAAUUCCUCAUAUUUUCCCUGCUUAUUCUACGACUGAGAUGAGAAACGUGGGUUACAUCACCUCUUGGAUAGAGUCAGUGUCGCUACCGCCUAUUAACGAAAUAUCGCCAUCUACCUUCGAAAGGCUUCUCAGCUUCAAUCCGGAGGUAUAUAGUGGCCUGGUUAUUCAAUUAAUUGAUACAUCCACGGGCUCAAAGUUUGAGAAAAGCUCACGACUUCUUCGCAAGUUGAUUGUUGGUGCUUAUGACUACGAAGACUUGAGGAUGCAGAACGUGCUUAACGUUGCUGAUGCCAAAAGAUUGACGAAGACAAAAAAGAUGCAAGCAUUAAAGAAGAAAGGAGCAUCGGCAAAGAAAAUCGUUAAAGCCUCCAUUGAAGAAAUUCCACGCUUAGAUGUCCACAAAAUUAUCCUCGGUUACAUUGAUAUCUCAAAAUCAGACAACGCUUUAUCACAGCUCGGUCUUGACUAUCGCGAGGAAUACAAUCUGGGCGAUGUGAUAGUUAUUGACAUACUCAAUCGAUAUGUCUAUGAACAUGACAUUUUCGGAAACGCCCUAAGUUCCGAAUCACCAUAUAAUGUCAGGGAAACUUUAGCCGCUGUGUUCCUACCAGAAUCUUCGUAUUCAGCUGGAAAUAUCCCACGGCGUGUAUGGAAUCCUUCUUUCGGUGAUGUUUUCAGAUUUUUUGAUUUCACUGGUCAGGUAUCGUUUUGGAGAUUUUUUUGUAUCUUGUCACUCAUUUUAUUGGCCUAUAAAGCUCUACGCCUCUUAAGCAGGGCAAGGAUAAACAAGAGGUAUAAGGCUAAAAGGAAUAUUGUUGGCCUCCUCGGUAAAGCUGACAAAAAGAAUUUACGUGAUUGA